AUGUCAAAGCUGAUAUCCUCUCUCGCAUCCAUAGUGCCUCCUCUGAAGACACCUUACCUGAACCCAUAUUACCUCCCACCGUGUUGUUUGAGUCCCAUCAUCUGGGAUAUCAAUGAACAGAUUAACCAGAAAAACUUACACCAUCCCACUCUGCCGGAGACCCCCGAAGGCCUCAACACCUACGUACUGAACUUCUGGACUCAGCGCACUGUGCUCCGGGCUCUGGACAUCCAGGUAGCAGGCGUACCCUCGUGCUCCUCAGUCAUCGGUACUGGUGGCCUUCCCUCUCUCAGGAUGUAUCACGGUAUGUCAAGGAUUGCUCUGUCUGCGCCAUCACCAACACCCCCAGAAGACUCCUGCAUUUUAGUCGUUGUGGACCGAUUCUCCAAAGGAUGCAAAUCAAUUCCUCUGCCCAAACUUCCUACCAUCCUUGAGGCACCUGAGGCCCUCUUUAAUCAUGUUUUUCGAAAUUUUGGUAUUCCUGAGGAUGAUGACCCUGCCUUGGAAAGCACAUCUGCAGCUGUUUACCAAAAAAGUAAAAAGAAGAAGUCCAGCAAUAGGAAAGAGCAUGAACAAGCUGCACUAAAGCGAGUUAGGCGACCUGUCGAGGAUCUUCCAGGCACCUCAGAUGAUGAUGACCCUGCCUUAGAAAGCACAGCUGCAGCUUUUUACCAAAAAAGUAAAAAGAAGAAGUCGUCCAGCAGUAGGGAAGAGAAUGAACAAGCUGUCGUUCCUGUAAAUCCUGCUGAAAAGAAGAAUGCCAGAAGGAAACAAAAACAGCAAUGGUCUCCAACUGAAAUCACAGCAGUAAUGAGACACUUUAAAAAACAUAUUACACAGGGAAAACUUGCUACUAAAAUUGAUUGUCAGCAGUGCAAGAAUGCUGAGCAUCCUGCAUUGGCUAAUCGGUCUUUACAAAAUAUUAGAGACUUCGUAAGAAAUAGGGGUCUGACAGAGAAGAGAAAGAGACAGGCACAAAACAUUUAGUGUUCUGAUGGUGGUAAUUUUGGUUUUAUAUGUAUGAGCAAGGUUAUACAUUGUUAAUUUUAAAGUUCAUUGCUUUGUUAAUUUUAGGUUCAUCAAAGGUAAAUGGUACCUCAAGGCAUUUUUGGUUAUUUUUUAUUUUUUUAUUUGAAAAAGUAAAGUACACAUUAAACUUUGCUACUUGUUACCAUACUUGGUGUACUGUUAUAUGUUCUUGCAUUUUAUAUAUAUAUGUAGGAAAACAAACUAUGAUUUGAAAUAAGUUUUGCCCAUUUAAAAUCAAAAUAUUUUGAUGUAUUAUUAUUUUAAUAAAUGUCAUUAAUUUGCACCAGUCGCAGUGACUUGCAGUCCCUGGAUAAGGCUUGUGUUUGCAGUUACAACAGACCUGAGAAUGUUGUUUUCACUUUGUUAAACCGUCUGUCCUCCUAGUUCACUUUUGUCCUUAUAAUACACAAUGUUUUCAGGCUUGUGUUUGUGUUAAACCAUUUGUCCUCAUAGAUCACUUUUGUCCUUAUAAUACACAAUGUUUUCAGGCUUGUGUUUGUGUUAAACCGUUUGUCCUCAUGGUUCACUU